CUCAGCUCACACACAUCAGAAGGUCUAUUUCACUUGCAGCUAACGUCUCAUAGCUGCGUCCAGUUGGAGAGAGAGAGAGAGAGAGAGAGAGAGAGAGAGAGAGAGAGAGAGUGAGAGUGAGAGUGUGUGUAUUUGGUCACUAGGACGGUAUGUGCGGUGCCCCAAAGUCAGUCCUGAACGGGCCGUAGCUCAAGGAGAGAGAGGAGCGUCCGCUAUUACGGUGGAGGCCCUUGGGGUGAACUUUUCACUUCAUUUCACUUCUGUUUAGAGUGACUUUUUCCUUAUUUCCUUUCCUGCGCCUCUCCCUGGUCGGACGGUUGGUGGAAUGGCAGAGAAGCGACGCUCCCCGUGCACUCUGAGCGUCAAGGCGCACGCGUUCUCGGUGGAAGCUCUGAUCGGGUCGGAGAAGAGACGGAAGCUCGGGGAGGACGACACUAGGGUGUGCUUUCUCGAGGAGGUCACGGAGGUGUUGGAGCUGCCCAGUAACGGAGGGGAGAGAGAGGAGAGGGCGUGCAACCGCGCCAGCGACCGGGGCAGUGAGAUAGAGUGCGUUAGUGACGGCUCGCUGGAGAGCUGUGACGUGCUGUUGGAAAGCCCCCACCCAGAGGCCCAAGCCCAGCGCGCGCCACCGGUAACAGUAACGGUUCCCGGAGAGGAGAUGCGCGUGGACUUGCAGGGCUCCGACCUGUGGAAACGGUUUCACGAGAUCGGUACAGAGAUGAUAAUCACGAAGGCUGGCAGACGGAUGUUCCCCGCUAUGCGCGUGAAGAUCUCGGGUCUGGACCCCCACCAGCUGUACUACAUUACCAUGGACAUUAUCCCCGUGGACAACAAACGAUACAGGUACGUGUACCACAGCUCCAAGUGGAUGGUCGCGGGAAAUGCGGACUCCCCAGUGCCGCCGCGUGUAUACAUCCACCCCGACUCUCCGGCUUCCGGUGAAACGUGGAUGCGUCAGGUGAUCAGCUUCGACAAACUCAAACUGACCAAUAACGAACUGGAUGACCAGGGACAUAUCAUUCUCCACUCCAUGCAUAAGUACCAGCCACGUGUGCAUGUGAUUCAUAAGGAGCGUGGCGAGGAGCUGUCUCAUGUUAGAGCCGUUCCCCAGGGAGACGGAACCAGAACACUCAGCUUCCCAGAGACCACCUUCACCACUGUCACCGCAUACCAGAACCAACAGAUCACCAGGUUGAAGAUUGACAGGAACCCAUUUGCUAAAGGCUUCAGAGACUCAGGCAGAAACCGGAUGGGUCUGGAGGCUCUAGUAGAAUCCUACGCUUUCUGGCGUCCGUCUCUAAGAUCCCUGACAUUUGAAGACAUCUCUGGAAUUAAGCAAGGAGCCCCGGGGCCCCAUGGAGGUGUUGGAUCGCCUCACCUGCUCUCCUCCUCUCCUUGCUCCUCCCCCUUCCAGGUGUGGCCUCUCUCUCCCCCGGACUACAGCUGCAGCCGGCCGACACACACACCCCUACAUCGCUACAGUAACCUCCCCGAGCCUUUCCCCUCUCCUACGUCGUCGCGAGGACCGUCAGCUUAUGACAGCGAAGGAUUCUGCUCUAUGUCCCUCCCUCCUUCUCAGAUUGGCUAUCUACAAAACCCUGCCCACCAGGGUUAUGGAAGUCUCCGCCUCCACUCCCCCCCUUACGGUCUCUACGGUUACGCCUUCCCCCCCUCCCCCCGCCUCAUUGCCAGCCCAGACAAGAUGGCGGCUGCUUCUGCCGCUGCAGCCAAUCAGAACCCUUUUCUCGGCUCCUCACCCAGCGGAACCCUGGCGGACAGUCUGGGCAUGCUCAGUGGAGGCCAGCAGGCCAACUUCCUGUUUGACUCUCGGACGCUGGGAAUGGCUGGCAGCCAGUCAGGGGGAGGGGCUUCACAGGUCACUACCCACAUGGGCUGAGAAAUACUCCGACCCUGACCCCCAGGGUUGCUAUCGCAAAUAGCUGCUUCUCCGGGUAGGACAUGGGUUUGGAACUCUGGAAUAAAUCACCAGCCAAUGAGGAUUGAUGAGACAUCUCACGGACCUAUGGGGAGACAGAGAGAGAUGGAGAGAGAGAGGAAACAGAGCGAGACAGCUUUAGUGACGUUUGUGUGAGCGCUAAGAAAGAUAAAGAGAGAACGUCAAACUCCGCUGACUAAUGGGAUAUUGUUGUGGUUGUUGUUCGUAAGUAUGUUAUUAAAGGACUAAAUAAACAGAAGCUUCUGAGAGACUGAAACAGCUGCGUUGGAGGAGAUCUGGGGGUCUGAUACAAGUCUGGAGACCUAAGAGAACAAUCACACCCACCAACAAGCCUCGGAGCUGGAGGUUCAACAUCUGGAAAUGAACACUACGAACACUUCAGCACCUGUGGUCUCCUAUACAGCGUCUCUGAACAGUUAUAAACUCACACAGCUCCUAGGAACAGAGUUGACACAGUGAGAGGUCUCCUAUACAGCGUCUCCGAACAGUUAUAACCUCACACAGCUCCUAGGAACAGAGUUGACACAGUGAGAGGUCUCCUAUACAGCGUCUCUGAACAGUUAUAACCUCACACAGCUCCUAGGAACAGAGUUGACACAGUGAGAGGCCUACUGAGAUAUAUGAAUGCUGUUAUAAAGGACUGUAUUCCCAUGCCAAAGAUACAGUGUCAGUCAAUCUGCAAUGUUUCCCUAUUCCUUAUGUAGUGCACUUCUCCUGGCUGGAAACCUAUAAAGCACCCCUAUGAAGCUCUGGCCUAAAGUAGUGCACUAUAUAGGGAAUAGGACUCUGGCCUAAAGUAGUGCACUAUAUAGGGAAUAGGACUCUGGCCUAAAGUAGUGCACUAUAUAGGGAAUAGGACUCUGGCCUAAAGUAGAGCACUAUAUAGGAAAUAGGACUUUACAUCACACGUUGUGUGUGUGGCAUGUUUUAACUAUUUGACAUAAAGGUGUCAUAACUGCUUAUAACCUUUAUACAUAAUGAACUGUGUUAAUGGUGGGUCAUGUGACCUAACGUACUUACUGCCAACACACACACAUGCACGCACGCACACACACACACACACACACACACACACACACACACACA